AAAUUUCUGAUUAAUUACCACUUCUCUUUUGUGAAUAAUUUUUUCCACAUUCGAAUAACCAUGGCAGACGCUAUACCUAAACCUCCACCGUUGCAAAUCAAUGCACCAGUCAUACUCUUAGUUGGAAAAACGGGCGCUGGUAAAAGCACUUUGGGAAAUUUAUUGUUGAAAACCUCUGAAGAUGAAAACCCAACUUUCCAUGUUUCCGACAGCUUUUCAUCCGUUACUAAAGAAUCUAGUUCUGCGAGUUACGAAAUUGGGGACGAAGUUUACAAUAUUAUCGACACGCCAGGGAUUUUUGACACUGACGAUCCCACCGAAGAUAUCUUAGAAGAAAUCGCUCGCACCAUCCAAAAGUGCGCUUAUGGAGUCAGAGCCAUAUUAUUUGUAUUUGAAGCCAAACGAUUCACGAAUGAACAAAAGAAUACGCUCAAUGGAAUAACAAUGUUUCUUGGAGAAGAGUCUAUCCAAUACAUGAUUUCUGUCUUUUCACAUUGUAACAAAAAGCAGACUAAGGAUCCAGAAUAUUUUAAAAAUUCUUGCUGGAAUGAUCCAGUUAAGGAUUUUGUCGAUUCCAUGAAUAAUCGGUGGGCUAUUUCUCCGAAUGCAGAUGACUUUCCUCCCGAUAAUCUUGUGCAUAAACAACGCCUCAAAGAAUUGAAAAAACAUAUCAACUAUAAUAUAAAUGGAGUGUAUACAAAUAACCUUUUCGAAAAGGCUCGGAAAAAGCAAGAAGAAAAUGAAAGAAAAGAGAGAGAAGCAGAAGAGGAACGAAAAAAAGAAUAUGAAAAAAAUUUAAUGAGUAAAGGUGAAGCCCUUGCAAAAAAGUACUACGAGGAACAGAGGAAAAAAGAUGAAGAAAAAUUUCUUGAAGAAAAAGAAAAGGAAAUUACGAGUAUUAAAAACGAAUUUCAAGGUGUAAUAGAUACGCUAAAGGGGGGAACCGGGGGAUAUUGCCAAAUAGUAUAACACUACCAGCUUAUUUAGAAUUUUACAUAAUAAUGAUAUCUAAGUUUUAGUUUUUAUGUGAAUUCUAAAAAAAA